UAAAUUUAUUACAGGGCUGGGUCCAUAUUUCGGGUCCGCAAAUGGGUCAUCAAUGAUUUGUUCGUAAAGAACCACGAAGAUGAUAGAACCGAAGCAUACAAUGCAAGUCAAUCACCCAAGCUGAGAAAGCACCGUCAGGAGGAGGAGUUGUUGAAACCACGUGCACAUGUUUAUAGUCUACUAUACUCGCAUUCGUGUCUCCAUUCUUGCCGUUCCCUCUUCUCCCCCUCUCUCUCUGUUACUAACCCAGCACCAGCAGGCAGCAACGGCAGCAUAGAAGUUUCCCGUACGCCGUAGGCCCGUAGCGAUAAGUCGCGUACUACCUUCUCUUAGGAUAGUAUUCAGAAAUGUGCUUCGUUUUUCCACAAUGGCAGUGGCUGUGGUGAAUGCUGCUGCUUCCUCUCUUGCUUUAUCUUCACAAUCUCCCGCUUCGUUUCUGCCUUCUGUUCCAUUUUUCCUCUUCCCCUUAUCUUCCACUUCCUGUCUAUAUCCCUCUGAAUCAAGGAGAUAUUCCUCGUUUGUAACUUCUAGGAAAAGGGUCCUCUCUGGCCUCCAUGUGGCCGCCAAUAACCAGAUUUCUGAAACUAGUGAUGAUUCAUUUGAAGAUGCAGAAGAUUACGAAAUGGAGGAGGCCAAUACCGAGACUGUCGUUUACUCCUUUUCUCCUGUGCCUUUGCUAUUUGUAGCUGCUCUUCCUGGAGCAGGGCAAGGGUGAGAUUUAAGAGAGGAGAUUUGAACCCAGGACUUCCUGAAUCCUCAACUUUAGCUACUAAACUAUCUUGGUAGUUGGC